UGACAGCGCUCUCCGAGCAGGUUCACAGUCAGAGCCCUGCCUUCUACAGGCUUGCUGCCCGAUCUGGAGCUUAAAAAAGGAUGGCUGAACCACCCCGGUCAUGUGACUGUUUUGUGUCUCUGCCACCGGGAUCUAAAUAUGAUCAUGUGAUAUUUGGUAAGAAUUCAGACCGACCGAGGGAUGAGGUGCAGGAAGUGGUUUACUACCCUGCUGCCUCACACGCCCCUGGAGACACAGUGGAGUGCACAUACACCUCAAUUCCACAAGCAGAGCACACUCAUGCAGUGGUGCUGAGCAGACCUGCCUGGCUGUGGGGCGCUGAGAUGGGGGCCAAUGAACAUGGGGUGUGUGUCGGGAAUGAAGCUGUUUGGACUCGUGAGCCUGUUAGUCCAGAGGAUGCUCUGCUAGGCAUGGACCUUGUGCGGUUGGCUUUAGAACGGGCAGACAGUGCUUGGGCUGCUGUGACUGUGAUCACUGAUCUGCUGGAGCAGCAUGGUCAGGGUGGGGCCUGCAGGGAGGACCCAGAACACUUCAGCUACCACAACACGUUCCUGCUCGCUGACCGUCAGGAGGCCUGGGUCCUGGAGACUGCUGGGAAACUGUGGGCUGCUCAGAAAAUUACAGAGGGAGUCAAGAACAUCUCCAACCAGCUGACAAUAGGCACGGAGAUCUCCGCUGAGCACCCAGAGCUGCGCAGUGUGGCCCAGUCUCAGGGCUGGUGGAGCGGAGAGGGGGAGUUUAGCUUCACUGCCGCCUUUACCCCAGACAACCCCCCUGCCCGGAUGGAACUGGCCAAGCAGCGCUACAAGGGAGGCACAGCCCUGCUUCAGGAGCAAGAUGGCUCUGUGACAGCAGAAGUGAUGAUGAACAUCCUGAGGGACAAACCCAGUGGUAUCUGCAUGGAUUCUGAAGGUUUUCGCACCACAGGUAGCAUGGUGUCCAUCCUCCCGAGAGAUGCCUCUAUGCCCUGUGUUCAUUUCUUCACUGCCACGCCUGACCCAUCCAGGUCUGUUUUCAAGCCAUUUAUCUUCUCUGAGGGCAUAAGUCCAGUCACCUUGGUGAUGUCUCCACAGUACGGCCCAGAUGAUCCUGUGAGGACACAGCCUCGAUUCCAGCUCAAGGUGGACAGAAAGCAUGAGCUUUACAAAGCCCACCAGGCAGCACUAGCUGGCAUGGAGGAAAAUCCGGAUGCUGGAGGCUCUCUACAGGAGACUAUGCGUUUCUUGGAGUCGCAGUGUCUGGAGGAGAUUGAAGCCAUGCUCAGGGGAGAGGUGGAGGGCCAGGAGCUUGGGGAUCUUUUCUUUGACUGUGUAGACACGGAGAUAAAGUUCUACCAGUGAGACACAGCAGUUGUCUUGUGAAUGUCGCUAGUGCUUGCUGAUCUGCCUGGAGAGGGACGGGCCCCAGAGCACAGGUUCCUGUCUGCUCCCAUCCACCUCUCUUAGUUCCCCUGACGCCAUGCAACACAUUGUGAUGACCAUGCCACACUAACUGUAACUGUAUAAAGCAGAAAUUAGAUGUUCAUGUCAGUUGAGCACCAUAAUUACGUGUAAUUGUCGCACAGGGCGGUUGUUUGUGCACUACAUUAAUGAAAACGUGAUAGAUUACUGAGGUGUGUAUGUAGAGUGAUGUAAGAAGAGUCCAGUGAAGAAGCACUCUGAUCAUUCCUUUGUAAGUGCAUGAGGGUUCAGCUGCCUGGCUGAUCCUCAGAGGAGAAAGUCAAUAAAGGAUUAAUAAGUCUA